AUGGAUCCACUCGAUGCACUUUCAACAACGAACAUUACAACGGACACUAGUGACGCGAUCAGACAUAGGUUCAUGCUAGAGAAGGCCAAGAAGGAUGCUAGUGAGAAGCCAAAGAACAUACUAAACGCUGCCAGUGAUAGUAUAGGUCUAUCGUCAACAUCAUCAACACAGCAGAAGAGACCGCGCGCAACUACAAAGAAGAGUCCCGAUAAUCCUACACCUACUACGACUAAUCCUACUACUAGUGUUCCACGCAUUCGUAACAAACAAUUUGAAAAGGCGCAGCCCGAGUAUGAGGAAGAGAACAUACGUAUAGAGGAGGCAUUGUCAUGUCAGGAUCAGAUGGAAACAGCCAAGUCGGUGUGGGUGGCUGUCAAUCAUGGAAUAGAGUCAGUGCACACCUUCGUGCCGUUCUUGAAUAACUUUAUCCUUGAUGGACUUGGACCUGCUAGUAGAGAAUCAUGGAAUGAGGCCAGUGGCCACCUUCAAGAGCUAGCUAUUAAGUAUGAUCUGUUCCGUGUUGGACCAGAGAUCAGACUAGUUGCUGCGACCUUGCGUGGUUUCCAACAGGUACACUUGUAUAACUUGAGAGCAAGACAAGCAAAUGAUCCAUAUGCCUUCCAACCACCACCAACAGAUGAAGAGACAAAAAAAUCUCAAAACCUCGAUUCAAACCCCUCGAUCAGAUCUAGAUUGAAUUCAAUGAACACAUUCAUUUAA